AUGCUUUUCCAGACGCAAGAGCUUGGUGUGUGUUACGCUGAGUUGGGUGUGCGCGUCCCAAAGACCACGGGAUCAGCCUACACCUACAGCUACGUCACCGUGGGGGAGUUCGUGGCCUUCUUCAUUGGCUGGAACCUGAUUCUGGAGUAUUUGUUCGGGACGGCAGCUAGGGCCUCGGCGCUCAGCAGCAUGUUCGACUCUCUGGCCUAUCACACCAUCAGCCACUACAUGAUCACUCACCUGGGGACUCUGCGAGGCCUGGGUAAAGCACAUUUAUGA